AUGGUUAUCCGUCAGCUUGGUAGCGUCGAAGAAUUCAAGAAUUUCAUAUCAGACUGGAGGCUAGCUGUAGUGCAUUUCUACGCAGCGUGGGCACCUGCAUGCGACCAAGUGAAUAAGGUUUUGGAGGACUUACAAGAGGAUUUCAAAUCGUACCCGAUAGGAUUUGCCUUCAUCGAUGCUGAGGCUGUGGCCGAAGUUUCAGCUAAACAUUCUAUUGUGGCUGCUCCUACACUUAUAUACUUCAAGGGCGGAAAUGAAGUGGAUCGCGUGGAUGGCUACAAGCCUAGUGACAUCGAAGCAAAACUGACCAAGCAUUCCUUCGAUAUCGCCACUGCUAUCCCAAAUGCUUCUAGCAAACCAAAGGAGGACUUGAAUACGCGUUUGGAGAAACUGAUCAAGUCGCAUCGGUUGAUGUUGUUUAUGAAAGGAUCACCAGAUAGCCCUCAAUGUGGCUUCUCAAAUCAAAUGAUCUCGUUGCUCAAAGACAUCAACGCGGAUUUUGGAUCUUUCGAUAUCCUGUCUGACGAGGACGUCAGACAGGGCCUCAAGACGUACUCCAACUGGCCAACUUUUCCGCAGUUAUACUUGGACGGUGAACUGAUCGGAGGCCUAGAUGUCUUUCGGGAAGAGAUGAAAGAUAGCGACUUCGUUGCCAAACUCCCAAAGAAACAGCUCAAUGACUUGACCUCACGUCUAAAGUCACUGAUAAACUCACACAAACUUAUGCUUUUCAUGAAAGGUGAUCGUCAACAACCUCAAUGCGGAUUCUCUCGUCAGAUGAUUGAGUUACUCAAUGGAGUGAAGGCGGACUACGGGACUUUUGAUAUUCUGAGGGACGAAGAAGUGCGGCAAGGGCUAAAAAAGCUCUCCAAUUGGCCGACAUAUCCACAACUUUAUCUGAAUGGGGAACUUCUUGGAGGAUUAGAUGUUGUUAGGGCGGAAAUGGCUGAUGAGAGUUUCGUACAAUCCUUGCCGAAAAAAUCCUGA